AUGGCGGCGGACACGUCCGCCUCGACCGGGCCCUUCGCGCUGGUCGACACGGGGCUCGAUGUUGGCCCUCAGGCGCACGUCACGGCCGUCGCAGUGUCUCCGCGCGCAUCGGACGUCUACGUGGGGCUCAGCAGCGGCUCGCUGCGGGCGUGCACGGUCCGCGAGGUGGGCCCGGAGGCGGCCCCUGAUACGUAUGAUGGCGGCGCGGGGCCGGAGGGCGCGGGAUCUUCGUCAGACGGGGCGGUGGCGAGCGCUGAGGGGCCGCGGGCGCUGGAGCUGCGCGCAACGCGGCCGGACGCGGUGGUUUUCGCGGGGAGAUCGGUGGUGGGGGUGGCGCAUCUGGGAGAUCUCGGGUACUUGGCGGUGCUUUGCGGGAACCAGGUGCACCUCGUGUCGUGCGAGAGCCUGGGGAGCGUGCCGGUGCCGGGGUCGACUGGGGCGACCGCGCUGGCGGGCAGGAGGAGCGGGAAGACGGGCGCGGCGCACGUGGCGGUCGCGCUACGAGAGAGCGACUGUAUACGCGUGCUCAUAUACCGGAUAUGGAUCCCGAAGAACGCGUCGGCCCCGACGCAAGCCAUAGUGCGCGCGCUGGAGGUCCCGGGCCGUCACAGCGCGCGGUCACUUCUGUGGACGGAUCGCGCGCUGUUCAUCGCCACGCGCUCGCAAUACUACCACGCAUCCCUCGAAACAGGGGUCUGCCGGCACCUCUUCUCGCUGCGCCGCCCGCCGCCGAGCGACGCCGGGUCCGCCGCGGGCACGCCCGUGAGCACCGCGGCCUCGUCCACCCGCCGGCAACGCACCGGCGCCGCGACGUACAUGACGGCACUCCCCCCCCCCCUCGCCGCCGCGCUCGUGAUGGACGACGUCGUCCUCAUGGUCGACGCCGACGGCGCGCCCGUGGGCGGCACGCUGCCGUCGCCGUCGACGCCCACCGGCGUGGUCGCGUCAGGCCGCCACGUGCUAACGGUGUCGCCUGAUGGGAUCUUCGUGUCUGACGGAGCAGUCGCGGCGCAGCCGGGGGCGUCCGGGCGCGCAGGGGGCGCGUUCGAGCAGACCAUUCCGUACGGCGCGCGGUCCCGGGUCGCGCUUGCGCAGUCGGAGCCAGGGGGGGGUGUUACGCUUCUUGGAGCGCCGCGGGGGGUGUGGGCGGUGCUGGAGGUCCCGCCUGCGGCCCGGGUGCGCGCGGCGCUGCGGCUCGCGGACGCUGGGGACGCGGGCAGGGCCGCGGACACCGCGGCGGCGCUCGCGAGGGAGAAUUGGGACCAGCGCUGGGCGCCCGCGGCAAUGGCACACGCGCAGCUGAUCGCGAUGCAGGCGCCGGCGAGGGAGCGGGGCACAGUGGGCGCGGCGCUGGCGUCGUUCGAGCGGCAGUUUCGCGCGGCGCUCGACGACCUGGCGGCGGUUCCCGCGGCGGCGUUCCAGCCGGGGGUGUUGCUGAGACUCCUCCCCGGGGACGCGGGGGAGUAUUUGAAGGGCCUGCCGCAGGUGCGGCUGUUCGGAGCGGGGCGCACGCUCACCUGGCAGCCGCUUCGCGAGAUGAUUCUCCUCGCCACGCAGCAAGCAGUCGACGGCGCGGAUGAUGCGGGCGCGCCAGACGCCAACGGCAACGGGCCGGAACACGCCGCCGCGGCCGGCAACGGCGCUGUCGAGGAGACGCGCGAGGCGCACGGGGCGUCGGAGAAGGGGGGGGUUCCAGGUCUGACUGACUCAGUUGCAGCGUGCGAGACCGCGCUGGCGUCCUACCUGCUGCGCGUGCGGGACCAGGACGGCGUCGCGUGCUUGGACGCGAUCGACACGGUCCUCGUUGCGCUGCUGAGCCGCCACGGGCGCCUGUCGGACCUGCGGGCGCUGCUGUCGGGUGACGCAAGGACCCGCGCAUGCGCGGCGCCGCCGGCGCGCGUGGCCCCGCACCUGGCGUCCUGCGGCAUGACGUUCGAGCUCGGGACGCAGUACUUUCGCGCGGGCGACGCUGCCGGCGCGAUCGCGGCGUGGAAAGCGGCCAGCGGCGACCAGGGCAUUCCACGCGCCAUGCCAGAGCCGCCAAACGGCGACUCUGCCAGCGAGGACGACGGCGACGACGACGCGAGUCGCAGCGACGAUGCAGGGGCUACCGUGCCGCGGCCGCACUUGUACAGCGGCGCGGAGGGCGAUCGCGCGCUGCGCGCAAUCGCCAGCGCGCUGUCAGACUUGGCAGUUGUUGACGAGAAGCUUGCGAGGGACACGCUGCCGUGGCUGGCGCAGCGCUCAGGCAUGCUCGCAGCCGCCGCGGCGGUGUGCCGGUCCGACGUGACUCAGGAGGCGGUGCUGGAGGCCCUUGUAGGGGGGGGUGUGCCGCCGGCGUUGCGCCUGGCGUACGUGUACCACAAGGCGCUCGCGCGGCCCGGCGGCGCGGAGGUCGGCGACUUGGUGGUCGCGCUGGCGGAGGAGGUCGCGAGCCGCGUCGCGGAGGGCGUUGAGGCGGACGACUCCCCCCGCGACGUCCCGGGGACGUUGGAAAACCCCCCCACCGCGACCGCCGACGCCGCGAAGGACGGCCGGCCGCCGCUCGACGCAGCGCUAGCGGCGCUGUCGCCCUGGGCGCGGCUCGGGCACCUGCGCGUCGCGCUUCGAGGGGCCCUGCUCGAGGGGUGGCGCAAGCGCGACAGACGGGGCAACGCGAUCGACGGGGCAGCUGUGGUGCGCGCACUGGCGGCGGAGGGCGCGGAGAAGCCGAGCAGGGCGGUGGCGAUCGAGGGCGCGCUGGCGUACGCGCUCGUGCCGAACCACGCUGCGGCGCUGCAGCUACUGGUGUCAGGGGGGAGUGAUGGCGUCCGGCUCGCGGAGCAGUACUGCCGGACGUUCGGGAAGCCCCCCGCCGGCGACGACCUGCUGAACGACCUACAGGAGAUCCUGCUUGGGCCGCAGGGCGGCGGCGGGGCGCCACGAUUCCAGGAGGCCUGCCGGCUCAUCGCGCACCACGGCCGCAGCCUGGACCCGCGAAAGGCCCUGGAGGCCCUCGGAGAAGACACCCCCCUCCUCCUGGCCCGCAGCGUCAUACUGCAGAUGCUGCAAGACUGCGAGCACCGCAUGCGUCAGGGGCAGGUCCUGCGCAACCUCUACAAGGCCCGCGCGCUCGAGGCGCAGGAGGACGCGGUGCGGCGCCGGCGCGCCCGCGUGCUUGUGUCCCUGGGCACGACCUGCUUCCAUUGCGGGCGCGUGCUCGGCGACCGCGGCUUCGUGCGCGUCCCGAACGGCAAGCUAUACUGCAUCGAGUGCCACGGGCCGGGCAAGCAGGCGCAGGCCGGCGGCGGCAGCGGCGCAGCAGCGUCGCGCGCGGAGGCGCCUGCGCCAGCCACGCGGGCGGCGGCGGCGGGGAGUGGCGGGGUCGGGCAGGCGGCGCCGGCGAGAGCGAGCAGCGCGGUGGAUUCUGCGGCGGCCGGGCCGCCGAAACGAGACACGGUGCACGCGAUAGAGAACCAGCGAUACAUCCCCCUGCGCGGGUGGGGGGGUAAAGGGCACCUCCUGCGGUCGGACCGGCCGCCGUACUCGCACGACCACCCGUGUUCCGGGGACGAGCUGCCCGGGGACGGCGCGCUGCCGCCCGGGUGGGGUUGGGCAGGGCCGUGGAGGGUCGACAUGUCGGGGCACGUGGGAGCGGAGGGUUGGGUGUACGGCACGAGCUUCCGGGCGCUGUCGUGGCCUCCACCGGAGGGGAGCGGGGAGAUGGGGCGCGCGGCGGUCGUGCGGCGGCGGCGGUGGGUCAGACAAAUGAUGGAACAAAGGUGA